AUGUUUAAAACAAUACGCUAUUACAUAUCAACUUAUUGUGGGUUCGCAGUAUCAUCUGACAAUGAUUGUAACCUGCAGAGGAAGGAGGAUUUAGAGGAUGAGGAGUUUUUUGAUGCGGAAUCUGGAAGUGAACUUCCGAAACUGUAUAGAGGCGAAGAAGAAGUACAAACAUCUAAAGAAUUAAAAUUGCAACGUUUAGAUGAACGUUGCCCAAUGAACUUAGCAAAAACACUUGAUGUUACGGACAUGCGUGGACUGCUUGAGACUGUUCAGAAAUUACAAACAAACUUAGAAAAGCAACAAUCAAUAAUUGAAAAAAAGAAUAGUUAUAAAGAUCGUUUAAAGGACAAGAUUAAAGAAUUAGAAAAACAAUAUAAAAGCGAAAAAGAGAAAAAGAGAUCUCAAGAAUUACAAUCACAUCAUUUUGAAGAAUAUUCCUCAAUGAAUUUAGCUCAAACAAGAAAAGUCAAGGAUAUGCGUGAACUGUUAGAUACUGUCCAGAAAUUGAAAAAUGCCGUGGAAAAGCAGCAAUUUAAGAUAGAAAAAAAGAAAAAUUGUGAUGAAGAAUUAAAGAGUUUAAAAUUAGAUAUGAAUACUGUUAAUAACAAUUUAAACACUAUGAUUGCAAAUGUCAACGAUCUUAGAAUUCAGAUGAUGUUUAUAGAAGGAAACAACAAAACUUCCAAUAGCAAGAUUGACAAACUGAAGAGUCGAAUCAGAAUCCUUGAAAGAGAAGUAACGAACAAUUCUGUAAACAUAAUUGGAAUGAGUUAUUCUUAUCAGUCUAAUCAAGCAUUGCCGUCGACUAGACUGAAUUUAGGAGCAACUGUUUCGUUAGGAGAGAACAAUUUUCAAUGUAUCCCAACAAACAUAGUAAUGUCGCCUUCAUCAAUGACGACAAUGAAGUCAACAUCGCCACCCCAAGUUCCGAAUCUACCUCCACCACCACCGAAAGUUCUGAAUCUACCUCCACCACCACCACCAACUCCAAUUUCGGCAGUUUUUGGACCGCCACCACCACCCCCACCCCCUCCAGUAAAGUCUAGUUUACCAUUAACUUGUACCGAGAACAAAGAAACAACAGCUAAACCUGACAAAACUACUCCAAUAUACUAUAGAAUACCAAUAACAGAGGAAAUUCUUAAGUCUGUUGUUCUAAAACCCCCCGGCCAAAGAAAGUUCCGUAAAAAGUUUUCGACGUGAUACCAAACGACGACAAAAUUAAACGUUCGAUGAUAAUGAUUGUACAACGUUG